AUGAAUCUUUCUUUUCCACGCCGUAGCGCGUGGUCUUCACAUGUAUCCGGAAAGAAAACGGUUACUGAACUAUACGACCAACUCGUUCGUAAAGGCAUAAUUUCUUUUGAUCCAGGUCAGCGCACCAUAACUGAGUCAUGUGAGCCUCUAAUAUCCCUUAUUAAUCGAUACAAAGAUGGUCCCUCGUUACCUCCCGCUCAACUUAGCUCAAGCGCACAUCAUCAUAGCCUUGUCGCCGCAAAGCAUCUUUGGUAUGUAAUAAAGCGUUUCGCAUCGAAGGCAACAUAUCUUCUAGUUCCAAAUGCACGUAAUCGCAGCCUUGAAGUUUCUCAUCCUGUGUGCUUGGGUGCACUGGAAAAGCGAGGCUUGUAUAUCUGGGGUUCUGUCGGCAUUGGGAAGACAAUGGUACUCGAUUUAUUCGAUAUGUGUGACCUGCCGUUGCCAAAACGCCGCUCUCAUUUGCAUUCUUUCAUUACGGAUAUAUCAAACCGCCUGGUGAAAGCCGAGUUAGACCUGCGCCAGCGCCGGCUAGCUGCACAGUCUCCUUCGGAUAAGGCGCGAUUAGCACACGUAUAUCCUAUGGAUCUGGUUGUCGACGAUGUCCUGCGUGAAUCACCUAUAUUGUGUUUUGACGAGUUUCAAACCUUUGACGUGGCACAUGCUGCUAUCCUUGCAUCCUUCUUUAGGAAUGCCUUCGCAAAGGGGAUUUUUUUCAUUACCACGAGCAAUCGGUCACCAGAAGACAUCUGCAAGGUAUCCUCUUCCUUUACACAGUUUCUACCAAUGCUGAGGGCGUACUGCCACAUAUUUCACGCAGAAAACAUCAAGGACUAUCGAUACAAACCCGUGAAGGAGCACCACCACGCAAAUGUAUUUCUGUAUCCCAACACCAAGGCAAAUGCCGAGCAGAUGCUCCAACGAUUGAAUCGUGGGCUAAAGACCUCCCACGGGGGCCCUCAGUGGAUGGAGGACUACACCUUGUGGCAUCACAGCCGUUGCAUGGUGAUCCCGUACUACGCGAACGGUGUUGCGGUUUUGGACUUCCAGGACGUCUGUGGGGGACGGCAGGGGCUGAGCCCGGUCGACUUUGAGAACUUAGCCCACCACGCCCAUACUGUGUUCAUCACGAACGUCCCGAGGAUCAGCACCGCGAAUCGCAACGCGGCCCACCAAUUCAUCGUCCUGGUCGACGAGUUGUACCAGCACAAUGUUAAGCUGCUUUUCACCUCAGAGGUGCCAUGGUAUCAGCUGCUGGAGCCCGAAGGCCACUUUACAGGGGCUAAUGCAUUAGGGCCCUCCAUUAACUACUACUCCGAGGGUGAGGAUGACCGAAGUGGGUAUACCGCAGUCUACAGCUUUCAAAACGAAGAAGAAUUCAUCAGCUUCACGCGGAUCAAAAGCCGAUUGCAUGAAAUGGGUUGCAAAUCUUAUCUUCUCCGACAACAUGAACGUUUUGUUGUUUCGGAUUUUGAUUUUAAUUCUCUUAUGGAAGACCUAUAG